AUGCCUCCAGCCGGCGCAGCCGCCGCAGCAGCAGCCGCCGCGAAAGGCGCACCCACCAGCGUCCAACCCCUCCCCGUCGCCGCAAUUAACGGCGGAGCAGGCAGCGGAGCAGGCGGCGCAUCGGGAACUGGUUCUGGUGCUGCUGGUGGAACCGCGUUGGGCGUCGCGGGAGCGGGAAACGCUGUGAAAGCGCCGAUGAUGGUGUUCACGCCGCGGGAAGAUGUGGCUCUGGAAGAUCUGGAGAGGAUUUUGCCGCCGUUAGGGUUUGGAAGCGGGGGUCGCGUGUACCGCGUUCGGCAUAAGAAAACCGGCAAGGAAUACGCGCUGAAGGUGAUUCAGGAGAAGUACGACGAGGAGGUGCGGAAGCAGAUCAUCCAGGAGAUGCAGAUCCUACGGCGAGCACGAUCCGACCAUGUGGUGGAGUGUUACGGCAUCUUUGACCACCUGGGGGAGAUCUCAUUCGUCCUGGAGCUCAUGGAUGGUGGCACUCUGGCGGAUGUGACUAAGAAGAGGGGCAAGAUUCCGGAGUCGUUUAUGCCGGAGGUGACACGGCAGUGCCUGCAGGGGCUGCUGUACCUGCACCGGCAGCACGUGGUUCACCGCGACAUCAAGCCCUCCAACCUGCUCUUCAACCGCCAGGGCCAGGUGAAAAUCGCUGAUUUCGGGGUGAAGAUUGCUGAUUUCGGGGUGAGCAAGGAGUUAGCGUCCACUCUAGCCCAGUGCAACUCAUAUGUGGACACCUCCGCCUACCUCUCCCCCGAGCGCAUCAACCCGCCGCCAGGCGAAGGCUACAACGGCUACCUCUCAGACGUCUGGUCCAUGGGCCUCUCGCUCCUCGAGCUCUCCUCUCUCCUCUCACUCCUCCUGUUCGUGAUUGACCCUUUCUCCUCUGCUUCCGUUAUUCCUCCCCCUCUAUCGCAGGUGAAGAUUGCUGAUUUCGGGGUGAGCAAGGAGCUAGCGUCCACGCUAGCCCAGUGCAACUCGUAUGUGGGCACCUCCGCCUACCUCUCCCCGGAGCGCAUCAACCCGCCGCCAGGCGAGGGCUACGACGGCUACCUCUCAGACGUCUGGUCCAUGGGCCUCUCGCUCCUCGAGCUCGUGAUUGGCCGGUUCCCGUACGUGCAGGCCGGGCAGUCGGCCGAUUGGAUGACACUUUUCGGCGCGAUUGUUUUCAACGAGCCGCCCGAGGCUCCGGGCAGCUGCUCGCCUGAGUUUCAGGAUUUUAUUAGAUGCUCACCGUCGCAGCUCCCUACCUCCUUCGGCAGACAAGAGAAAGUCAAACGGAAGUACGACGAGGUUGUCAUUGACGCACGGAAAGCGGCAGUCGGGCCGGGAGAGGAGGACCUAUCCGUGGUCGCAGCGCAGAGCACUCGGCAAUCCCGAGGCCGACAAGCUCAGCGUCGAGAUUCGCCAGAUCGGACGGCUGAGAAUGACGGACAGGCGGACGUGGUGGAUGUGCCGAGCUAUGAAGGGAUGGACGCCCGGCAAAAGAAGCUCUUCGAAAUUCGCCUCAAGCUGAACCAGGCGCGGAAGGCGAAUCAGACGGCGGUGGUGGCGGAGAAGCGGCGAGAAGAGAAGCCGGAGGAGGAGGAGUCGCGCGGAGUGAGCAAGGCGGCGUGGUUCGAGGAGAAGAAGCGCAAGAUGAGCAAACAGCUGGACGCGGCCGGGCUGGAUAUCACCAAGGCGUACAUGCUGGAGACGCAGGAGGCCGCGGAGAGCAAAUACAAGAAGUGGGAGAAGAAAGAAGCGCCGUUUGGCUGGGAUGCGUUCAACCAGCAGGCAUUGUACAACGCAUACGAGAAGCGCACGGGCAACAUCCCCUACACAGAGGAAGACUACCUUAAGGCCAAGGAGAAAGACCCUGACUUUUACCGCGACGAUGCGAGCCUGCAGUACGGGCAAGCUCCGGAGAUUCCCGAGGAGAACGUUGACAGAAUGGUGGCGGAGCUGACAGACAGAGCCAAGAGCCGCAAGGAGUUCAGCCGAAGAAGACGGCACCAUGAUGAGAAGGACAUUGAUAGUAUUAACGACCGGAAUGAGCACUUCAACCGGAAGAUUGAGCGCGCGUUUGGGAAAUACACGGUGGAGAUUAAGAAUAAUUUGGAGCGGGGUACUGCGCUGCCCGAUUAA